AUGGCGCCAUCACCAGAGCCGCCCCCCUCCACUGGUGCGUCACAGAGCCCCGACGACAAGAGCGUUGGUACCGGUAGCGCCAGGCGAUACUGCUGGGAAUGCCAGCGCCGGCGCUUGGUCUGCGACUCGAACCGCCCCGUCUGCUCUAAAUGUAAGCUUAGCGGCAUAGUGUGCCCCGGGUAUGAGAACGUAAAGCCUUUGACCUGGGUGGCCCCUAAUCAGAUCACGACACGGACACGGAGGGGCGGAAGAAAACCGAAAACUGAAAAAGUCGACAUCGCCAAUAAGGGCACGAAAGGUAGCGGCAAGAAAAAGGCGAUCCCAAAGACCCCUGAAGAGGAAGGUCACAGGGUACAGCUCGUCCAUGUAUUUCCCGGACAAGAGCUCCGGACGGAAACGUGUGACAUUGCUGAGGCUUCGGUAUACUGGAACGAACAGGUUUACCCGUACUUCUAUGAGAAUCAGCUCAGUAAGAGCCCAUGGGUCGUACCUAUUUCACACAUCCAUGCGAUGAAGCCCUACAGACGACAUGGGCUAGUCACCAUGGCUAUCGAGCACCGGAUGUCGCGCCUAUCGCCGGCACGGAAUGACGCUUAUGCAGUUGAGGUCAGAGCUAGAGCCUACCAACACCGUCUCACAGCAAUCCGGGCCCUCAACAAGGAGAUCGAAAACGAGAGUACGCGGUGCUCUGAUGCGACUCUGGCGGGCGUAAUUGUUUUCCUCUUCGGUGAUCUCAUGGGGAGUGCAACGGAGCCAAAUUGGCGUGUUCACCUGAGUGGAUUCGCUGCGUUGAUCGCCUUGCGUGGUGGCUGGGAUGCGUUCUGUCAAAAGUCGCCGCAUCUCAAGUCUUUGGUAUUGUUCUGUAAAAUAAUCGAGAAUCUUGCCAACACGACCAGCCCAGCCCACGACCAAGUGUCCCCAGUAGCCAACUAUAAAAUACGGAACGUGGUAAGGGACGUGUUCUCGAUUGGAUAUUACCCCCAAUUUCCAUGUCCGGUCGACUUGCUCAUCGAUAUAAUCCACAUCAACCGCCUCCGCUUCCAAGCAACAUGCAGUCAACCUGAAGGAUCUCUCACUUCGAUUAGGAUUGAAGCAGAACGUCUCCUGGAUAGAAUUCUGGACUAUUCACCGGAAUUCUGGGCUAGUAGCACGGAACCUCUAGUAGAUGGGCAUCUUUUGAUGGCCAAGACCUACCGGUCUGCCGUGGUGCUAUUCGGUGUUUCUUCGUUACAGAGUGUCAAGGUCAUUCCUCUAUCAAAGGACUGGAUGACUGUCAAGGAUAAGCACUGCAAUAGGCUGUUUUCUUUUCUCAAGGCCUCGCUUGCCUCUCCAGCGCUAAAGAUUUGCACCACAUGGCCAAUGAUUGUAGCUGGAUUUGAAGCGAAGAUUGGGAAUCCAUCGAUGCGGAACUUCGUCCUGGGGCGUAUGAAAGAAGACAGUCAGCGGAUGGGAAUUUAUCUUCCAUUCGCAGCCAAAGAGGUACUCGAAAGAUUCUAUGCCUCUGCUGAAAACACCUGGGACGACUGUUUUGAUGGUCCGCAUGCGCUGUUCACAUAG